CACCGCCCCGUACGCUCGGAGCUCGGACAUGACGGCAUGACAUCAUACAGCCUUCUCUAUACUUGUUGUAUUACGUUUUAGUACGAACGGCGCUCCCGAGCGUGAGCAACGCUAACACGCGAAUAUCAUCUUAAUGAGUAAUGAAAUAGAGCUGUAGUAAUCACUUUCUCCUUUAAUCGAAGCAUAAACUAAAACAAAUAGGACAUGGAGGACUUGAAGUCAGGCCGUGGGGUCCAAGUGGUGACCCCGGGAGAAGACCACACGUUCUCCCUUGAUGUAGAAGCGCUGGAGGCGCUGCUGCUGCGCGAGGAUAUCAAGGAUCGCUCCGUUGUCGUCAUCUCAGUGGCUGGCGCCUUCAGGAAGGGCAAGUCGUUCUUGCUCGACUUCUUCCUCCGGUACAUGCAGCAUAAGUACAACCUGGGCGGCAGCGGCGAGUGGAUGGGCGCGGAGAACGAGCCAUUGAGCGGAUUCAGCUGGCGCGGCGGCUCCGAGCGCGACACGGCCGGCCUGCUGCUGUGGUCGCAGCCCUUCAAGGCCACCCUUGAUAGUGGGGAGAAGGUAGUGGUGUACCUGAUGGACACUCAGGGCACGUUUGAUAGCGAGUCCACGGUGCGCGACAACGCGACCAUAUUCGCGCUGUCCACCAUGCUGUCGUCGGUGCAGAUCUACAACUUGUCGCAAAACAUUGAGGAGGACGACUUGCAGCACUUACAGUUAUUCACAGACUACGGGCGUCUGGCGCAGGAGAGCAGCGGCGGCAAGCCCUUCCAGCGGCUGCAGCUGCUGGUGCGCGACUGGAGCUUCCCUUACGAACACGCGUACGGCGCGGAGGGGGGACGGGAACUGCUCGACAAAAGACUCACGGUCCACGAAGGUCAGCACCACGAGCUGCAGUCCCUAAGGAAGCACAUAGCGAGCUGCUUCGAAGAGCUGGCCUGCUUCUUGAUGCCGCAUCCCGGCCUGAAGGUCGCUACCAACCCUGAAUUUAAUGGAAAGCUUUCUGACAUAAGCCAAGAUUUCAAGAAUUCCCUCAGACAGUUCGUGCCAAUGCUGCUCGCACCAGAGAACUUGAUACUCAAAAGGAUCGGCGGACAAAAGUUAAAAUCGAAGGAUCUCUGGCUGUACUUCAAGUCUUACAUGAACAUUUUCAACGGGUCCAGUUUACCUGAACCUAAAACUAUUUUAGAGGCGACAGCAGAAGCAAACAACCUGUCAGCAGUGGCGGAGGCUAAGGAAGUGUACGAGACAAUAAUGGAGGAGCUGGCCGGCGGCAGCAAACCGUACCUGCAGCCCCAACUCCUGGAGGAGGAGCAUCGGCGCGCGAGGGACAAGGCGCUGCACAGCUUCCACUCUAAGAAGAAAAUGGGAGGAGAUAGCUUAUCAGAGACAUACAGCAUUAAGUUGACCAAGGAACUAGAGGAUCAGUUCGAACAGUACAGACAAUACAAUGCGGAAAAGAAUCUGCUCCGCAAGCUAGGUCCGCUGGCGGUGCUGUGCGCGCUGGCGCUGCUCUGCUACCUGCUGUCGGUGCUGGCCGGAGUGCUGGGCCUGCAGACUGUGGUGGUGCUGGCGCAGACGGCGGCCAUUGGCUGUGUGGGCAUGCUGCUUGUGUGGUGUUACGCUAGAGCAACAGGCAACCUAAGUGAACUGGGCUCGCAGGUGGAUCACAUAGCAGAUUCUGUGAUGGAACUAGCAGCACAAUACGCGGGUCGGCAGGCAACCGCCGUGGCUCUAAGCUACAGUGAAGAGAAAAUGAGCUACAGCGCAGACAAAAAGCAAUCGUAGCACUGUACAAUUAAGAGCUAUUUCGUCGAGUACUAAGCCAAUCAUGUCUUAUCGAGUGUGAUGUACAAUAAUUUAUUUUAUAAAUCAGGAAUUGUAAGAACGUUCGUCCGUUCGUUAUCAACCCAUAUUCGGCUCACUGCUGAGCUCGAGUCUCCUCUCAGAUUGACAGGGUUUAGUUAGGCCAAUAGUCCACCACGCUGGCUCAAUGUGAAUUGGCAGAUUUCACACACGCAGAGAAUUAAGAAAAUUCUCUGGUACGCAGGUUUCUUCAGGAAAUGAGUAAUUAGUAUAAUUAACCUAUUAACCACAUCAUUAUUUUUUUAACUAGGUAUUAUAAAUGACUUCGGCUGCGUUCCAGAAAUCUCAAUAAGAGCUUUUUAUUUAUGUAUGAUAAGUUUAAUGUCAUAAUAGGUUACUUAUUACUUAUAUUGGAUACAAUCAUGCAGUACCUAUGUAGGUACAUAUUAUUUGAAAUAUGAAUUAGGUACUUACAUAUGUGCUUCCUUAAUAUAAAAAGUGGACAUUUUUAUUUUUAUACUAUGAAUGUAAUAUUAAAUUGUUUUUCAAAUAA